AGACGACUGGAUGGGAGAACGGCCUGGACUGCUGCUUGUGGGACGGCGUCACCUGUGACAAUGUAACGGGUAAUGUUAUCGGCCUCGAUCUUUCAUUCAGCUGUCUUCAGGGCACCCUCCGUUCUGACAGCUCACUCUUUGCGCUUCGCCAUCUUCACAGCCUCAACCUUGGUGGUAACAAUUUCCUUGCCUCACCCAUUUUGCCCGAACUAAGUGUUUUUGCUGAACUGAGGGACCUCGAUCUCACUCACUCGAAUUUUUCAGGUCUAGUUCCUACCGAAAUUUCUUACCUUUCUAAACUUGUUUUACUUGAUCUCUCUCAAAACUUUAAUGGUGCAUAUGGUCUUAGGAUCGAAAAUACGGAUUUCAAAGUGCUUGUUCAGAAUUUGACAGAGUUGAGGGUACUUAAACUUGAUCAGGUAGACAUGUCUGCUGUUUCGCCUAGUUCCUUCGUGAAUCUGUCAUCCUCCUUGACCGUCUUCAGUGCGUCUAUGUGCGAUUUACAUGGGGAACUUCCGCCCAACAUUUUCCGCUUGCCAAACCUCCUUGAUCUCGAUUUGCAAUUCAAUGAUAUCAUGGUUUCUUUUCCAAUGUCUAACUGGAGCAAGUCUGUUGAAUCCUUAACCCUCUCGUAUACAAGCAUCUCAGGCAAAAUACCUGAUUCAAUCAGUGAAUUGAAGAAUUUAAAAAUUCUGGAUCUCAGCAACUGCAAAUUGAUUGGAUCGAUUCCCUCAUCCCUUGCGAAUUUAACAGAAUUGACCAGGUUGGACCUUUCAGGCAAUGAAUUUACUGGUGUUUUAGACUUCAGAGUCUUUUCAACACUGAAAAAUCUGCAAGUCCUUAGGCUAACAGUAGAGCUAAAUCUAGAUUACAACAAUAUGAACUACAUAUUUCCAGAGCUUGAGACUUUGGCAUUGUCUUCCUGCAACUUGACCCAGUUUCCACUUUUUCUGAAAUCUUCAAGAAAGCUAGGAGAGUUGGAUCUCUCCAAAAACAAGAUCAGCGGUCGGGUACCGAGAUGGUUUUGGAAUUUGGGGAAAGACACACUAUUUUCUCUUGAUAUUUCUAGUAACCUUAUUGAGGGGGAUAUACCACAAUUUCCCUGGAAAGAGUUGGCCGUUGUCGAUCUUAGUGAUAACUUAUUCCAGGGACCGCUUCCAACUCCACCACUUCCCAUAAUCUUCUUUUCGGCCGGCCAAAACAGCUUCAGUGGAGAGAUUCCAUCUUCCUUUUGCAAAUUAAGCUCCCUUAGUUAUCUACUCUUGGCUAAUAACAAUCUCUCUGGCUCUAUUCCUCAUUGUUUGGGAAACUUAACCUUGCUCUCUGAACUAGACUUGGGUGCAAAUAAGUUUGAAGGGACAUUACUGCCUUUACGCAAUUGUGCAUCGUUGGAGCAGCUAAACGUAAGUUACAACAAAAUCAAUGAUACUUUUCCGAAGUGGUUGCUAGAAGUACCCUCAUUGUGGAGCGUCGAUCUGCAGUUCAAUGAAUUCCAUGGCCAAAUAGAUCCUCCAACUGCUCCAUUUCUUGCCUCCACCCUUGGGAGUUUUUCCAUAGCUAACAAUAAAUUUGAAGGUCCUCUUCCAAUUCCACCACCUACCACUCUAUUCUAUUCCAUUGCAAACAACAAUUUUAUUGGAGAGAUUUCCCAUUUGAUAUGCAAUGCCACUGAGCUCGUAGUCCUUGACUUGUCCAAUAAUAAUUUGAUGGGCACCUUGCCAGAGUGUUUGAUGAGCUUUAGCAAAGAUCUCUCUGUGCUCAACCUUCGAAUGAACAUGAUUCAGGGUGUGAUCCCUGGAAAAAUUGCUCGGGACAGCAAGUUAAGGACACUUGACUUCAGUUGGAAUCGAUUUGAAGGGACAUUGCCACGAUCCUUACUUCAAUGUAAAAGUUUGGAAGUUUUGGAUCUAAGCAACAAUAGAAUGGAGGAUACGUUCCCUGAUUGGCUGGAAACGCUUCCCAAGCUACAAGUCCUUGUUUUGAGGUCCAACAUGUUCCAUGGCUUUGUGGGGAGUCCUAGAGCAGCUCGCCCAUUUCCUGAAUUGCGCAUUUUCGACCUGUCCAGCAACAAUUUCAGCGGUCCGUUACCUGUUAGAUAUAUUAUGAAGCUCACUACCAUGAUGAAUCGGGAUCAAGGGCGGGGAAAGCUGCAGUACAUGGGAGGCAAUGGUUAUCAAGACUCAGUCAUGUUGACCAUGAAAGGACUGGAGAUACGUCUGGUGAAAAUUCUAACUAUAUUCACGAGUAUCGACUUAUCGAACAACCAUUUUGGUGGGGAGAUUCCCAUGGAUAUUGGAAGCCUGAAGUCACUCAAAGGGCUAAACUUUUCUCACAACAAUCUUACAGGCUAUAUCCCUCCAUCUACUGGGAACUUGACUGAUCUCGAAUGGCUAGACCUCUCUUCAAACCAGUUCAUCGGAAAGAUUCCUCGAGAACUAGCGGAUUUGACAUCUCUUGCAUUCUUGAACCUCUCGGAGAAUCGGCUCAUUGGACCUAUUCCCCUAGGACCGCAAUUCAACACAUUCAAGAGCGACUCAUUCGUUGGGAAUCCUGGAUUAUGCGGAUUUCCAUUGCCAGAGACAUGUAAGAGCGGUUCACGAGAAACUCCACCACUAAGCAUCCUGCAGGAGAAUGAUACAGAGCAUGGAGGCUGGUUUGAGUGGAGAGCCAUGUUGAUGGGUUAUGGGUGUGGAACUGUGGCUGGAAUCUCUCUAGGAUACAUUGUUCUCGAUUCCAGGAAACUCGAACGGAUUGCGGGAUUGUUCGACGGGGAAGGAGCUAAAAUGAGAAGGAAGUCGAGGAGGAAUGCACGUAGAUCUUACCAAAGAUAAGAAUCUCGACUGUUUGUUCUUUGCAUUGUGAGAUGAAGAAUAAGUCCGUUAAAACUCUCAUAAGACAGAUGAUAUGCUUAUUAUUUUAGCUUUUUCACUAUUUGAGUGUACUCUCAUUUGAAAUAUUUCUUUAUGUAAAAUAUAAUCUGUCCAAAUUUCGCAACCCAUGCACU